AUGCAAGUACCCAUACGGAGUACAACCAAGUACGGAGUACUUAACAAGUCAUCUAGCAUGCGCGCAGCUGAACCGCUUCUGGGAUUACAGGUAGACAAGCAAGUGCAACCCAAGUUGUCACGCACAUUCAGUCAUUCAUCACAGCCAUAUAGCAGCUUCUUUCCCAACAACUGCCAUCUCCCACCUGACUCCGUAUUUCUCUUGCCUCUACCCAUCAAGUCAGGCAGGCUCCUCUUCUACGGCAGCCUACAUCAAUCACACAUUAUCGUCUUGCCGAUAGAUAUCGCGAACCUAGUCAACAAUCUCGGCGGCUGUGACGACGGCGAGAUCGAUGACGACGGCCUCCCUGAGCAGGGCGGGCAACAGCGAUUGAGUCAUCGUCACAUCGGCCGACCCAUGUUGAACGAUCCAGUCCCAUGGCCAGGGCUCCAACCGUAUGGGCUUGGUCAUGGCGGAACGAAUGGAAGCGGAACGCAUGGAAGCGGAACGCAUGGAAGCGGAACACAUGGAAGCGGAAAGCAUGGAAGCGGAACAAUUGGGCGUGUUUCCGCCGUCGAGGUAGCAUCCGCUGCAGGCUACGCAUGCACGCUGACAUCCGCCAUACGCCCUACAAUUUUUGGAGUCACAAGGGGCUCCUGCAGCACAGUAGAGCUCUGGAUCGCCUUGAACGAUACGAAGUCUACCCUGGCCGUCACAGAAGGUUCCUGA